GCCAGCAGCGGCCGUGAGACCGGCUCGGCUCGGCUGCGUUCGGCUCGGCUCAGUCCGGCUCGGCUCGGCGCUGUCUCUCCUCCGCCUCAGAUGGCUUCAGUAACGGAUGCCAGAUACAGGCAAAAAGAUACUUCAGAUCAAAAUUUUGAUUACAUGUUCAAGCUCCUGAUCAUUGGCAACAGCAGCGUGGGUAAAACAUCCUUCCUCUUCAGAUACGCCGAUGACACUUUCACACAAGCCUUCGUUAGCACAGUGGGAAUUGACUUCAAAGUGAAAACAGUUUACAGGAAUGACAAGAGGGUGAAACUGCAGAUUUGGGAUACAGCUGGACAAGAAAGAUACAGGACCAUCACUACAGCUUACUACCGAGGAGCCAUGGGCUUCAUCCUCAUGUAUGAUAUCACCAGUGAAGACUCUUUCAAUGCAGUGCAGGACUGGGCCACACAAAUCAAGACUUACUCCUGGGACAAUGCACAAGUGAUCCUGGUGGGAAACAAAUGUGACAUGGAGGAUGAAAGAAUUGUUCCUGUGGAGAAGGGGAAACAUCUGGCGGAUCAGCUAGGUUUUGACUAUUUUGAAGCUAGUGCCAAAGAAAACAUCAACGUAAGGCAGGUGUUUGAGCGUCUUGUGGAUAUAAUCUGUGAAAAGAUGUCGGAGAGUAUCGAGUCAGACUCUUCCAGGGGCACUUCAGGAAGGAGCAUGCGACUCACGGACACCCCACCCCCUUCCCAGCAGAACUGCUCGUGCUAGUGACCUUUCUCACUGAGAAAUGUCAUUCUCCUUUCCUGAAUAAAUUUUAUCUUUUUCGUUUGUGGUGGUGAGUUAUCACGUAGUCCAAAGGCAGAAGCCUCUGUUGUAGGAAAUUGGUAUGUUUGUUUGUGUUGAUGUGUUAAUAUUAUAUAUUUCCUCAUUCAAUAAUUUAAACAAAAAUACAAAACCUGACUAAAUAUUGUAAGUGCACCUAGUCUUAAUGUGAGUUACACUGGAAAAAAAUGAUUGUAUAGUGUUGCAAAUGUUGUUUCCACUGAGAAUGUUGCAUUUUUAAUGAUAAAUUCCUCUCCUGCAGAAAGAUGUUUUUUGUCGAGAACAGCAGGAAAUAUAAAAGCCCAUCAGAAGGGACCAGGUCUAAAGGAAAAUGGUGACAAAGUUAUCUUAUAAAGCAAGAAUAUGCUGGGUUUUUUACAUUAAAAAAAAAAAAUAAGUCUAUCCCCAGAUAGUUCGAAUCAUUGUUGCUGUCCUCCAGACAUGGACCUCAGCUUUUCUGUAUGGUAGAGCAGAAAGCAACGUAUUUCUGUCUGGCAUUUUGAGCAUCUCCAGAGAGCCAAGAGCACAGGGGCCAAGUUUUGUGUCAAGCCUCUAAAGGCAGGAAAAGCAUGUGGAAGAAUCCAAGCUGGCAGGCACGAAGGCCGUGCAGCUGCACCUGCUUUUCCCUGUGCCCUUGGCAGGUGCUGGGUGAAGGAGCAAGAGCCCUUCCAGGGGCUGCCCUCACCUGCAGCCUCUCCACCAUCACCAGUAAGGGCUUGCGGGAUGCUGGGGGUGUUGCUGUGCUCAGCUCCAUGCUGUUCCUAAUAAUUUGUUCCUAGAAGCCCAAGCCCUGCAGCUUUUCCCCCUCUGCAUCCUGCAGUUUUACCUCUCCAGGUUUGGAUCUGCCCUGAUCGGCUGCUUGGUGGUGGAUUUGUUGCAGAGUGAAAGGAAGGAGGAAUUGGCUGCUGCGUGCUUAGUUGGAGGCAAAAUCUGGCAUGUAAGUCUUGGAACAGCACUGUCACAGAAAGAUAAAAAUAUCGGGAGCCAAAAUGUGAGCGUUGGCAAAUAUUAGUGCCAAUAUUGUUAGAUUUUCAUUCUGCAUUUUGUUGUUGAUUUUUUUUUUUUUUAAUUUUAUGCUGGGGGGGGGAUAGUUUUUUCUGGUUUCAGAUUCAACCACAAAGUAUAAUUUUUUUUACAAAGGAAGAUUGAUUCAUAAAACACAACUUCAAAUUAAAAAUGGCAAAGACAUCCUGUUAGUUAUUCUAUGGAUGUUUUGUUGCAUCAUUCUUUGGAGGGAGGAACAGGUUUUAAUACUCAGCAUCUGAGAUAUUCCUAGACUUCCAACAUCUCUAGAACUACAGAGCUUCUCCAUCUGUCUGCAGAGCUCUGUGUGUGUUACCCACACGCAGAGCUCAUAUUUCUCUGAAAUACAUGUGGAGAAACUGCUUUUUGCCAGUCUGAAGUUACACACACUGGAUGGCUUUGUUUAUGGUCACGCAUGUGUUGACUGCAAAGUGUGGCUGUAAAUGUAAAUUAGGUGGAUAUGGAGAGAAGUUUGUUGUCUGAAGGUGAAAAUUCUGGGAAGUUUUAUGGAUUUACCUCAGAUCUGUGAACUCCUCCAACUGAGGAGACUUUCUGAUGUCAGACACUGGACUUGAGUAUCUGCCCCCUGCACUGUAGUGUGCUGGAUCAUGGCACUAGUGAAUGCUUUUGUAAUUCUGUCCUGUUGUGUCUCUGGGUGUAACAGCUCUAAGAAAAAAAGCACAGUAUUCUGGACAUAAAAUGCAGCGACUUGGAUGUAGUUUGAGCUCAUUGUGCUUAAAGGCUUGAUCCCUUCGCUUGUUUGUUUGUGGCUUCCAGGACUCCUUACUGUGACGUAUUUUGGGUGUGUGUGAUCUAGUGCUGAAACUGCCAAUUGUGCAGCGUUAGGAAUGUGGUUGUUGUAUCUAAAGCCCCGAAACUGCAAAAUAAAGAGAAAUGUAGUCA